CCUUUCUAUAUGUUCUAAAAUCUUUUUUUUUUUUUUUUUUAAUUGGCAAUCAUGGAAGUUUAUAAAUACGAAGAUUAUGUCCACAUCCCCAAUAUCUGCCCUCACAAGUUUUUCAAGGCCUAUUGUAAGAAUCAUGGGGGAAUCACGAAACGGGUUGGUUCUCGGCAUGUUGAAAACCUUAAAGGAAGUGGUGGAGUUGGAACCGUGAGGAAAAUCCGUUGGCAAAAUGGUGGCAGAUUAUGUCAUGAGACGCACACGAUUACUACGAUUGACGAAGUCAAACUCACCUACUGCUACACUGUGUCCGAAAGCCAUGUUUUGACUGGACGAGUUGAGAGAGCCAGUUAUGAAACUACGUUCAGUCCCCACGCCGGCGGGGUGCGCAUUAAGAAAGUUGCCCGCUACCACCACGACGGUGUGGAAACCAUUGAAGUGCUUGCUAAGGCCCACAUACAGGAAAUCUUUGAGCACUACCACUCUGUUGGACACCAUCUCCGACAGAAUCCCGACGACUACUAAAGAAGUGGAAGUUAAACAAGGCAAAGAACAGGCCUCUGCUCUGUUCGAGGCCUGCCUUUUGGUAUAUAAAUAAAAGUGUUUUGAGCUUCGUCGUCUAUUGUCCUACUUUCUGUAUUUUUCUUUUUUUCGUAUGGGUGGUGGUGCUCAAACCAACAGAGCUACCACACUCGUCUUACUUUCUGUAAUAUUUCAAAUUAUGUAUUGCGGCUUUUCAUGAUUAUCUUCCAAAACCAAGUUUUGUGA